AUGGACAACGUGAUGGAUGACACGGUCGGCCGUGGCUCCUCAAAGAGACCCACAGACACAGAGGAAUCCACCAACACAUCCGCUAGAUGUUGCCAUACCGAGUGGACCCCUGUGUUAACAGCAUUGACCUCUCGCGAGAGUGGAGGAAAUACCGCAUCUGGUAAGUCACGAUGGGAGUUGGGAACUCCAGAUUCACUCUCAUGUCUGCUCUCCAGUCAUGGUGAAACCUCAGUGACGGUAACUCCAUCUACUGAAGUGAUACCUACCACAGCAAAUAGUAAUACGAAUACGAAUACUACUAAUACUACGGUUAUUACUAAUACUACUAGUGGUAAUAAUAAUAAUAAUAGUAAUGAUAGUAGUAGUGGUGUUGGUACGAGAAAUAACAGUUCAUGGUUUUACACGUCGUUUCGUAAUCUUUCAUCUGGCUCUGGUUUGCCGCUACAAACAUGGAAUGCAGAAAGACAUCCUUUAAAUACAUUCUGUAGGCUUUCAGAGGCGGCGCAAAUGAGUGGUGGUGAUGUAUUGAGAGACUCUAUAGGAAAAGAAUACCAGACAACGGAGAGUCAAUUCUCUGAAGAAUGUGAAGUGCUAUUAUCACAGGCCCCUCAUCCAACAACAUGUACAAUCAGUAAGAAAUCUAGUGUAGAAACGGAUACUGAAAUUUCUGGGUUUACAAUAAAUACAAAAGGAUUCCCCUCGUCUUGUAUGCUUUUAACAUGCCAACGGAAUGAACUGCCUAUUACACCAGAAGAAGCUCUAAAACGAUGCAGUAGUCAUUUAAGUGCUUAUGAACAAAAAGAGAUCUUGGAAUUUCGUGAAAUCUACUAUUGUGGGUUGCACGCUCAUAAACCUUCUUUAUCAUCUAAGACUCUCGGUGAUUAUUCUGGUAAUUAUAUUCAACAACAGCAACAACAACAACAACAGCAGCAGCAGUGUAGUCGUCAAAGCAUUCAUGAUGAUGAUGAACACAACUACCGAUUCACCUGUGGAGAUCAUAUGGCGUACCGUUAUGAAAUGUUGGAUGUUCUUGGCCACGGCACAUAUGGAAUUGUUGUCCGUGCCCUUGAUCACGCAGCGAAACCAACACCGCAACAGUGUGCAUUGAAAAUAGCGAAAAAAAUUCCUUCCUAUGCAACUGCUUUGGCGGUAGAAGCUGAUAUUUUAGAAUAUUUACGGCAUGCUAGGCAACAGGUGGGAAUGUGGGUUCCACAGGUAUUAUCACGAUUUACAUUCCGUUCACAUGAAAUUUUAGUGCUUCCUCUUUAUGGACUUGAUCUUAAGAAACUUCUUUGCGUAAAUUUAUUCCGUCCACUUCCAUCUAAACUUGUUCGUGCUAUAACAGCUCAAAUGAUAGCGGCACUUCAAGCACUCUCUACAGUUAAUGUCACCCAUGCAGAUGUUAAACCAGAUAACGUUGUCCUUAUAAAUAGAAGUUUGUAUGAUAAGGUUAUUCCUCAUAGUAUAGAGCAACAACUACGAGAGGAAAAAGAAAUAAAGCAAAGUUGUGCUGAAACAACCAAUUUAUCUUCUAACUGUGAUCACCACCAUCAUGUAACUUCCAUAUCCGAGACAUCAUCUUGUAUUAAUCAUUUACAAGGACUAAAAAAUGAGUCGGAGUCUAACUUUAGUAAUACGGAUCAUUAUUUGGAUUUGGAUGUGGAUAUGGAUAGUGGUGAAAUGAAGAAACGGAAUGAAGCAGGUGUUGAUGUUGUUAAUGAUGGUGAUAAUGAUAAUAAUAAUGAUGAUGAUAUAGUCACUUCACAUAUUUUAAUGAUAGACUUUGGUAGUGCCCGUGUAGGUACAUCCUGUGCACAUCCUGUACAAACACUUAAUUACCGUGCCCCAGAAGCCGCUUUACGUCUUUCUUAUGGUCCCACUAUUGAUAUGUGGUCUCUUGGUUGUGUGGUGUAUGAACUCAGUACAGGUCUUCCACUCUUUCAAGCGAAAUCGGAUAUGGAACUCCUGCAAUCACAUCUCGCCGUGUUGGGACCACCCUCCAUAGAGUCACAACGAGCUUUGGAAAAUCUUUUUGUUGGGCUUAAUAAUGUUAACGAUGAAAAGGAUACAUCACAGAGACAGGCAUUUUUCGCAUCCUUGCAAACAGAUACAGGAAGAAAGCACUCAAUCGCAGAAGGCACAAAUUUGUUACAACUCCUUCAUAUUAAGGUAAAUAAGGAUAAAACUUGUCAUCCACCGGAAGAGAAGGUAGAAGCCGAAAAGAAUAAAAAAGAGGAAGUUGAUGAGGUUUACUCUUCCAUACCCACAGUAAAAUCAACUAAAACAACAAUUGAUCAUCAAGGAGGAGAUGAAAAAUACUCACCACUAAUCAUGUUAGACUUUUUGCUUGGUUGUUUAUCAUGGGAUCCGUCAGAGCGUUUAACACCGGAUGAAGCCUGUUGUCAUCCAUAUCUCGCCACAUUUUUCAAAGGUGGAGGAGUCGGUAUGGGUGGAUAUGAUAAAAUGCCCUCCAUGACACGUUGUAGUGGAUUGUAUUUUCUUCGCCAUCAUACUCUCACACGAAAUGCAACUGAUAUAUUGGAAACGGCUGAAAAAGAACUCUUACAUCAAACUCCUGAGGUGACGUUUUCCGAUAGAUCACAAAUCUCAAUGCGAUUGAAUGUACGACUUGCCAUUCGUCCUCUUCGUUGCUUUACAACAGGAGAUGAAAUGGGAGGUGGUAAUACCACUUCAGAGACGCCACUGCGGGUUUCUGCGAUUUCUUGGCCUCCACAAGAAAGUGUGGGAGGUGGUGAAAGUGAUAUUCCCCGUUCUUAUACAGCUACAUUCAUUGACCCCUUUGAACGUGUUCAGGUAUCUAUUAUGUCGUUUGAAGAUUAUUAA